ACCAAGGAUCUUUUCGUUUUGUUGAUAAAAUUAAAAUAUUAUUAGGCCUAUGCUUAGAUCUAGGGCCUACCUGACAGUGACCUGCAGCGCUUGUAAAUUUUAAUUGUGAAAUAAUUAGGCCUACUAACAUUAAAUUAAUUUUCAAUUAAAUUCAAGAGUUUUUCUAAAUUUUUUAUCUAAUUUUCUUUCUUAUUAACUUGAGAGCCUCUGACGAUUUUACUAUUUUUACGUACCCAAAUGCCAAAUAGUGAAAUACAUUUAGAAUCUAGUAAUUUAAUAUUUACUUACCUGAAAAGAUAGAUAUUAGAUUUAAUUACAAAAUAAAAUAUAGAAAACUGAAAACUGGAGAUACUGACACUGUGAUACUGAUAGACUACCUCCUUAGACCUUAGGCAAGUGAUACUCCUUUUACUAGAAUCUACUAGAAAAAAUGGGAGUAUAUGAAGGUCUUCAGAUAGCUUUGGACCUUGGUUAUUCACUUAACUUUAAGAAAAAACAAGAACUCAGAAAUAAAAUAGUUGAAAAUGGAGGAACAAUAAGUUAUAUUGUAACUAAUAAGUGCCAAUUUGUUGUGACAAGUGACCCAGACAAAUGUGAUGUAUCAACCAAGUGUAGAAUGGCUCUGAAGUACAAGCUUCCAGUUCUUAGACUAGAAUACAUUUGGGACUGUAUACAAGCUGAGAAACUACUUCCUAAGAACAAUUACAUUGUUGGCGGAAAGAGCAAGUUUCUUGAUUUCAAGUCAGGAAAAAUUACAGCCAGUAAACAAACAGAAAAACCUAAAAAAUUUGCCAGUAAAGCUGCCUUUAAUCCAAAAUGUGUAAAAACUUUUCAAAACUGGGAUGAAAACUUGCCAUUUUUUGAUGAAAUAACUUAUGAAGUAGCCAAGUAUGCCAUUUUCUGUGGCUUCAACAAAGUGUCAAAAAGUGAUGUAUCUUACAUAAUUGAACUGCACACCCCUUCAGCAAGGUCAGUCCAAUCUGAUUCAUUGAAUGAAAUGGAUACGAGCACCUGCACUCUACAGCUUUUAUAUCGAGUUGUUUUCCAGAGUGGCAAUACAAAAGACUUAGAGGAAGGAAAGCCUGGCCAUAAAGAGUUUCGCUUCUUACCUACGGCUGAACAAGCUUUGUCUGUGUUUGCUAUGCUUUAUAGUGACUUGGAAAACAGGUCAGACUUGUAUAAAUGCAAAGUUCCCAUUCGUGGAUUAGGAUCAAGCAAAUUGCAAAAGCUGAUAGCAGAGACUGCCAAUGUUCAUGAUAAAUGUAGCAAUGAAGUGAAAGAUCUUGUUGAGCACAUUUGGAGGGAAGCCAUGACAGAAGUAACAGCAGUUCUAGGAGAUAUCAGUAGCAUUAGGCUAGAACAAGUGGAGAAAGCUGAAGCCAUUCUGGUCAGGGUGAGGGAUGCCAUCAAAUCAUCCUCAUCUGAAGAAAAAAUCAAGGUACUGGUUGAUGAAUUCUACUCCGCUCUGUCCCACAAGAAAGACAAUGCUGACAUGACUAGUGUGGGUAGAAAACAGUGGCUGGUCAGAAAACAGGACAUGUGCCAACUUGUCAAAGACAUGAUUUCUGUCAGUGAGAUGACUAACUUUGAGAAUAGGUCUCACAUAGAAGCCAAAUAUGCAGCACUGCGAUGCCAGAUCACAAACCUGAGUGGAAGUCAAAGAGAGGAAGUGGCAGACUUAGUUCACUCUACAAUGGAUGCUGGAAGCGAGUCAUCUGAAGUGAAGUUGUUGAAUAUCUAUGAAGUAUGGAGACAGGUCGAAGAUAUUGAUUACAGACAUGACAUCUACCCUAAGCGUCUGCUGUUUCAUUCUUCAAAAGUUGAAAAUUUUGUUGGAAUUUUAUCACGGGGUCUACUUUUACCAAAAGUUGUUGUGGAUGAUUAUGGAGGUAAACGAUCCGAUGUUGGAAUGCUGGGAAGUGGCAUAUACUUUGCUAGUGAAGCUAGCACCAGUGUCCGCUACUCUUCACCAAGUCAGACCAAAGGGUCAAGGCUGCUGUUGAUUAACGAGGUGGCAUUAGGAAACUGUAAAGAUUUUAAUGUGUACAACACAGAACUGGUGGCGCCACCUGAUGGGUAUGAUAGUACUCAUGGUGUCAGUCAAAAAUGGGACAAAUCAUCCACGUUUAAGAAUGAUGAAUAUGUUGUGUACUCUACAAACCAACAAAGAAUUCGCUACAUUGUGGAAUUCACCAUCAAAGACGAUUUAAUCAAGCCAAACAUAGAACCCAUUGUAGCUAUUGACACAAAUAUUUUGACAGACGCAGUAGAAAGCACAACCAUACAUGAUGUGGUUGAUGUUGGUGACCCCAUGUCGAAGGUCAAGCCUGGGCUGAUUGGAACUGGUAAUGUGGAAGUUGAGAUGAGAGCAGUCCACAUCAGAGCACAACUUGUAGACCUGGCUGCCCAGGUGGUGGUGCUGCAAGAGUACCACAACAACAGCAGCCAGCCCAUAGAAGCCAAGUACGUCUUCCCUCUUGAUGAUGCCGCUGCUGUGUGUGGUUUUGAGGCUUUCAUCAAUGGCAAACACAUUGUGGGGGAGGUCAAAGAAAAGGAAGUUGCCCAUAAAGAGUACAAGCAGGCUAUCAGUGAGGGUCAUGGAGCUUAUUUAAUGGAUCAGGAUGAGGAAACACCAGAUGUGUUUACAGUGAGUGUUGGCAACCUGCCAGCCGGGGCCUGUGUGUUAAUUAAAAUCACCUACGUGGCAGAGCUGCAAGUUGAAGACGGUCUCAUCAGUUUUAGACUUCCUGCAGCUGUGGCCCCAUGGAAGGAGACAUCUGCUCUUAAAAAUUCAACACAGGAGAUUUUAAAAAGUCACAAAAUGUCAGCCUCUAAAACCACAGUUCAAGUCUCUGUAGAAAUGCCAUUUGAAAUAAGAAGCCUAAAGUGUCCUACACACAAGAUCAGAGUUAAGCAAACUGCAUCUAAAGCAUUUGUUGAGAUGGUGCGGCUUCAAAACUUUGGCUCUGGGUUCCAGCUGUUGAUUGGUCUGGCAGAGAUCCAUGUUCCCCGCAUGUGGGUUGAGAGGCUGCCAGAAGACCCACGGCACCAGGCCUGCAUGUUGACAUUCUUUCCUGAGUUUGAGUCCUCUGAAAUAUCUGAAGGGGAGAUCAUUCUAAUGCUGGACACAUCAAACUCAAUGACUGGCCCUGCCCUGACUGAAGCCAAAAAGGUGGCGCUGCUUAUGCUGAAAUUCAUCCCUGCAGGAUGGAAGUUUAAUGUUGUUGAGUUUGGAUCAGAUCAUGCAGAGCUUUUCCCUGCACCAAAAUUAAAAAAUGAUGACACUGUGAAAGUUGCCACAGAAUUUAUACAGAUGUCCAGAGCUGAUAAAGGCAACACUGAAGUAAUCCGCCCUCUGCGGUCCUUGUUUUUGUUGCCCUACUCUGAGAGCCAGAGAAAUGUUUUCCUGAUAUCUGAUGGCCACAUCAACAAUGAUAGCGUAGUUUUGAGGGCAGCUCGCCUCAACUCCACUCAUACAAGAAUCUUCACAUUCGGUGUCAGUGCCACUUGCAACAGUUAUACUCUCAAAGCUUUAGCUAGAGUCUCUGGUGGAGCAUUUGAAUAUUUUGACAGCAAGACCAAGUCCAAGUGGGAGUCUAAGGUGAAGAGCCAGGUGAGUAAAGCUGGCCAACCCGGCCUGACAUCCGUCUCUGUCCAGUGGCAGCAGUAUGACGACAACCUGCCACCCCCAGUACAAGCGCCUCAACAAAUCACUGCCAUGUUCAGUGGCUCACGCCAAGUCAUUUAUGGAUUUGUACCCAAUUGCACCAUGGCCACACUAAAAGCAAACGUUGGAGGGGAGGAAGCUUCAACUGUUGUCUCGACAUCAGAACUCUCCAUAACAGAAGGAAAGAUUGUUCAUCGGUUAACAGCAAGGGCAGUAAUCAGAGACUGGGAGGACGGAGUUUUGUCAGAUGAUAGAACUGGACAUGAGGUUGCCAAGCUGGACUUAAAAAAAUAUGUAAUUGACUUGAGCAAAGAAUAUUCAAUUGUCACUCAGUUCACAAGUUUUAUUGCUGUGGAGAAGAGAGAGGAGAAUGAGAAAGAAACUCUGCCGAAGGGGCCAUCUAUAGAAGAUCUGUUGAAGAAAGAAAAUGUUGACAACUUACCCUACAUUGGUUGGACAAAUGUGCAAGAAGGUGACAGUUUACCCAUAGAGUCUUUGAUUGAGGAACUCUCCAGGGAAAUAGAAAAGCAGAGCAUCUCUGUGAAGAUGGCUGCCUGUUUAGAAUCUUUGGAAGAGAAAAGUUUUUUGUUGAAAGAGCAGGCGGGUCCAUGUAACAAGAACAUGCUGCUUGCAACCAAACUCCUUGUUGAGGCCUAUCUUCUUCAGUCUAAUGAAAACAAAGCAUGUGAACUUGCUGUGGAAGCUUUUAAUGAUUGUGUGAAGAGCUUGGACACUUUGGAUGAAAACUCAUACACAGAGAUAGCCCCGGUCCUAUCUGACCUACGUAAUAAAGUGAUCAACAUAGAAAGCACCAAAGAGCAGAUGAAACCCCAGAUACCAUUGCCUGUACAUGGAAAAGGGGUGGUGAAUUUAAAAACUUUAACUGGAAAAACUAUAAAUGUUUCCGCCAAUGCUAGAACAACUGUGGCAGAUUUAAAAAAUACUUUGAUGGAAUUAGAGGGCAUACCUUAUAGCCAGCAGAGGCUGAUUUACAAUGGUCAGCAGCUUCAAGACCAUGAUUGCCUUCAGAAAUUAAACAUAGGCUAUGGAGAUGUGGUUCAUCUGGUGCUGGCUUUGAGAGGCGGACCUUCAAGGCCAACUAAAAAAAGUGCAACUAUUUCAGUGAGAAACAACGAAUCUUUAAUAACAUUCGAUUGUUUUGAGGAUGAUGAUGAGGAUGAUGAUGACAUAUAUGAUGAUGGAGUAGAGGAAAUAUUUUAUGUGACAGAGGAAGGACACAGCACUGAGUCACAUUGUGACGGCUCAAGAAGAAAUAAGAAUCAAGAACGAGAACGAUCAAGAGAAAGGGUUCUACUUCGAGAAGGAGCAAGUAGUGGUUCUAGUUCUGCUGAACGAUCAACAGAAUUUUAUGUAGAAGAAGAAGCAGAUGAAGAAGACGAAAUAUAUGAAGAAAUAUCUGCCCCUGUUGUGCUAGACGUUGGGUCACUGAUGCAGAAAGCUGGGUUUGCUGGGGAGAUGUUCCCAUCUGUUGAGAUCCCCUCAGUUGUUGGGAGACCCAGGUAUCAGGGAGUCAUGGUGGGGAUGGGCCAGAAAGACAGCUACGUUGGUUAUGAGGCAGUGGGUGGCAGAGCUAAGCCCAAACCUGAAUUUGAGAAAUCAGUUUUACGUAAAACGUUUUCUACUAAGAGGCUCAAUAGUGCCUCAAUACGUCCUAUUCCUGAAAAGCUUGAUAGUGCCCCUUAUAGUUUAGGAGCUGUUCCACCACUGCCUAUGAGUAGCUUAUUUGGAUACCUUGCAGAGCAGAGCAGUGACACUCAAGUUUUGGCUGAAGCAAAACAAGUUUAUCACAAAUAUUCAGCAAACAAAAGCUCCAGUAUAUUUUCUUCUAUGAGACCUCCUCCUUUCUCACCUCAACUGCUUUCCCAACCUCCUCCGUCCCCACCUCAAACAUUUGCCCCUCAUCCUCCCCCACCUCAAACAUCUGCCCCUCCUCCACCCCCACCUCAGUCAUUUGCCCCUCCUCCCCCACCUCAGUCAUUUUCCCAACCUCCCCCUACAAGAAAUAUCCAACUUAUUUCAGACCUUAAAAGCACAAGAUCAUCACGUCAAGCUUCCCAACUUCAGGUUUCCUCAAUAACUAACUCUGCUUUGCCAACUGUUAGUUUACAUGAUAGAUCCAUGGGGCUACCACAACUGAUUUCAGGCUUUGGUUCAAGUUUAGCUGGGCCCCCAGCACCAACCCAAGCCUCAUUUGGUUCAGCUCCAACAGGGUUCCAAGCACCAUCUGCAGCUAUGUUUGGUUCAACUUUAGCAGGGACACCAGCACCAACUUCAGCUAUGUUUGGUUCAACUUUAGCAGGAACACCAGCACCAAUCAAAGCCUCAUUUGGUUCAGCUCCAGCUGAAUUCCCAGCACCAACUUCAUCUAUUUUUGGUACAAGUUUAGCAGGGACACCAGCACCAACGCAAACCUUGUUUGGAUCAAGUUCUACAGAGCCUGAAGCACUAUCCCAAACGAAUUUCAGAAGCUGUUUAGCAGCCCCAAGGGGUUUAAGGCCUGAAAUACCACAAAAACUAGCUGCCUACAAGAUGUCUCCAGUUGUCCCAAGAUCUCAUGAAAUCCCUGUGACCUCCAUGUCAUCGUCAGCUGCAAGGCUAGAAGAACUCUCUUGUUUUUAUUCGACUGAGUUGCAUUCAUACACCCGUGAGCUACCAGCCAAGGCACCAAUUCGCAGUUGUUUCACAUUGCGUGCAUCAUCAUUAUCUGCUAGUACAGGCCAUGUUGAUCCACAUGCUGUAGAAAUAUUGAAAGGCACAUGUGAUAGCCAACCAUGGCACGACGCAACGCCACAUAAAGAAGUGUCAAUGAAAAAGAAGAAAAAUGUUCCAAAGGGAUUUAUUGUAGACGAAUGUUAUGAUGCUGGCAGUGACAUGCUGAUGGAGCUAGAGGAUAGCGAAUAUGAUCAACAAAUUCUUUGUUGUAAUGAUGAAAUGAUGCCCUACUCAUAUGAAGAAAAGGAGAGAAUAACUAGUAAGGAGAGAGAAAGUGUUUUAACAUAUGAUGCACUACCAAGUUUGUUUAAUCUGCAGAAUGUGGAAGGGUUUUGGGAAUUUGGAGAUGAUCUGGAUAAGCUGAUAGGAAUCAAUAGUGACACUUGCAUCGACAUACUUAUUAAAAGUGGUCUAAGCUCCUUAGGUAAGACUGCAGAGACAGAGACCAAGAAACUCCUGGCCACUCUCCUUGUGCUGUUCUCCCUGCUAAAGCUCUCCUGCCCAGAGCUGUGUGACAAGCUCCUGGAGCACCCUCUACCACUGAAGGAGAUCGUGCUCAACUUGGGAGAACCUUACAUCCAUCCUGUGAAGAAUGCCAUUGAGUUUUGUUUAACCGCGGAUAAGAGGUACCCUCUGGUCUUCAGCACUCUGGAGUUGGGUUCUGACUGGGUCAAGGUCGCUGCCCACAUGCUGGCCUUCAAAUCAUCAGGUCAACUCUCAAGUUCAGUUUCCAGCCUGCCACCCUGGGUUGCCAUGGAGACCGCCUGUCUCUGAGAUACCUGACAACCCUAUAAAACCUGAAUUUAAAUUAUGCUAAUUAUAAAAUACCUGUGCUAUAAAGUAAGCUAUAUAGUUUAGGUUUAUACUUGACACAGUGCUGACCAUACCAGCUUACAUGAACCAAUAAGCAUUGCAGCAUCUGCCCCUGUCUUCUUCUUCCUUCUUAAUUUUUAGUGUUGGAAGGGAUUGAGCCUUAUCUGCCAGAGGGUUUGAACUCGUGACUUUUUUUCAAAUUUAACAACCAUGAGCUUUGCCGACUCGACCACGCUUCCUACACAAUUAAGUAUACGUGUCGACCACGCCAACCCCUAUCUGCCCCUAAGAAAUGUCAAGUCUUUGACCUACUUUUUUUCUUGCCACUUUUUUUUAAAAUUAUCAGCUUUAUUUGUGUGUACCAUUAAAAUGGAAUCAGCUUUUACUGUGCCAUAGCUCUUUCUUCUUUAACGUUUAAAUAUAAUCUAAUUGUAUUAGGAUUUUUUAAAAAUAUUUAAAUAAACUUUUAAAGUUGAUGUCACUUCUUUGUAAUUCAGUUGUAGAUCUUCUGCCACUCUUAACAAUUGCUUAGAAAAAAAAACUUGCAUAUUUAUGACAUGUGUCUAAUUU